AUGGAUGAUUGAGAAGAAACCAGAGAUCUUAUUAGAGAGAGCGCAGUGCCAUCUCAUGAGCCAAGUCCAAACAUUGAAAUAAAACCUCCGUUAGAAUUAUUUUACAGCUUUUUCAAUAGUGAAAUGAUAAACUCUGAUCGUUGAAAAUACAAAUCUUUACGCUGGAUUAAUAAGAAGCAUCUUAUCUUAUUAAGUCUAUAA